AGGCAGAAGACGCGGAGGCAUGGCGGGAGCGGCGCUGGGCGCGGGGCCGGGCGCGCUGCUGCUGGCGGGGCUGUGGGCGCUCGCGCUGCUGCUCUGCCUGCUGCUCGCACGCGCCCCCGGGGCCGCGCGGUUGGCCGCGCUGCCCGUGCCGCUGUGCGCCGCGCUGCUCAGCGCCGCGCUGCUGCUGUACCCGCGGGAGGACGGCAGCGCGGGGCCGCCCGUGGGCCCCCAGAUCGUGGACACCUUCCUGGUGGGCCGCCUGGUGCUGUUGGCCUUCAUGGCUCUGCUGCUGCUGGGCUGCGCGCUGCUGCUGGGGAUGCACCUCCUGGAGCCGACUCACGCCAAAGCGCUGCGCUGCUGGAGGUGACGCUGUGCCGUGGGAGCCCCUCCGGAGGGAUUUCGGCAGAUCUGGGCUGAGGGCGGCUGUGGGACUGAGCGGCCUCAUGGAUCCGCACUGCCUGUCAGUGGGAACGGGACGCGGGCCGGUUGGUUGGCUCGGUGAUCCGAGUGGCCCCUUCCAACCCCAAUGACCGUUAUCCCUGUGAGCCCACCUGUCCCAGGGUCAGCCUGAGCCCUCGGUUGGUUUGAGUUAACACUUUAUCUCCUUUUUUGUCCUUUUAUUUUCCAAGGGGACGGAGGGAGGGUGGCUCCACUCUGCUUUAUUUCAGCAGGACAGAGGGAAAGUCGUCGAGGAGUGAAUCCCGUUUUCAUAGCAGUAAACCGGGUGACCACGUUGGGGCGUUGAUUUUUACCGAAUCCAUAUUCACAGGUUGUUCCUUGUAUUGUUUUCUAACAUUAAUAAAGCUUUUGGAGGAA